AAAUGAUUAGAUAAGUCGAGUCUACUGUGUUUAGAAAUCCAAAAAAAUAAAUAUAAAACUAUAUGGAUGAAUUUACUCAAUUGAUAUAGUUGGUUUUGGUGAUACUAUUUUAACAAUAUAUGGAUAUUAUCAAACCUCGGUGAUAGUGAAUUAGUGAUACAAUAUACCAUUGACACUGAGUCGAUCAUUAUAAUAACAUCUCGUGUGGCCAACGUUUUGCUUAAAACUUCAUAUUUUGAACACUUCAUUCCCACCCACUACUUCGAGAUCUCUCCCAAAUCCACAGAAAUAUUGUGUAAUAAUAGACAUAAAAUAAACUAUAACCAAAUCGAAAUCUCAAAUCUGACCCUUUACAGUAAAAUUGAAUGUGUGUAUUAUUGGUUGCAUAACGAGUCCACUUUCAGUAUUAUAUAUUUGUAACUAAACUCGAUCAAUAAGUAACUUUAAUAGUGUAAAGCCUUACUAAAACAAAAACCAGAUCUCAAAAAUAUGGAUACUCAAAAAUGGAGUCUAGGUUUACUAUCUCUCGCUUUUCUCUUCAUCACUUCCUCUUCCGCUGAUCUCCUCAUUAAACAGGCCACAGAAGGCAGAGGAAUAGAGUACAACAGUUCUUACAGUCUCACGACGAAUCUUGGACUGACAAGAGUGUGGAGGGAUGAGCCACCAGCGGAUAAGAUUCUGUCAAUAACAAGCUUCUCAAUAAUUAGGAGCAUAAUGGCACCCUAUGUAUCCUCUGUUUUUGAGGCUGCUGGUUACAAAUGGAGAUUGGUUUUGUACACGAAUGGUAAACAAGACGACGGUGGAAAAGAUCAUGUUUCACUUUACGCGAGGAUCGUAGAGACAGAAUCUCUUCCAAUAGGAUGGGAAGUGAAUGUUGAUCUCAAACUCUUUGUCUACAAUGGGAAGCUAAACAAAUAUUUAAUUGUUACAGAUGGAUUAGUGAAGCGAUACAACAAUGCGACAAAAGAGUUGGGAUUCGGACAACUAAUUCCUCAAUCAACUUACUACGACGGGAACGAUGGAUUCCGUGAGCAGGACACUGGUACUUUUGGUGCCGAGAUCUCCAUCGUUAACCGGUCCAACCUAAAAGAGAAAGUCACAUUCAUAUCAAACCCUCCAAACAAUGUCUUCACUUGGAAGAUACUUCAUUUCUCUACCUUGGAAGAUAAAAUCUAUAAAUCUGACGAGUUUCUUGUUGGAGACCGAUACUGGAAAUUAGGAUUUAACCCGAAAGGAGGUUUAGUCCCAAUCUAUUUAUAUGCUCAAGGAUUUAAGGCAAACGCAGUUGAAGCAACCACUUAUGGAGCAGCUAAUCUGCGGUUAAAGAAUCAACGAAACACCAACCACAUAACAUCAUUUACUGAAUAUUGGUACCUGGUUCUAAGCGGAUACGGUUUGGGAGUGAAUACUAUACCAUUAGCAGAUGUAAAGGAUGCAUCGAAAGGAUAUUUGGUGAAUGAUGCCAUUAUAAUUGAAGCUGAAAUGCUUACGGUCUCUGUGACGAACCUCGUCUCCGUUUAAAGAUCUCUACUUCUUUACCAUACUUCAAACAACCUUAGGAAGAAAGAGAUGGUUUGUGAUGUUUGUGAUGUAGUCUUUGUUUCUGGUUUUCUGAGUUUUCUCUUUUCUGUUUUGUUAUCAAUGAAAAUGAAACUCUCAGGGUUUUAAAUUUUUUGAAAAAUGUUGGGGACA